CUGACACCGACUAUCAUGGCGCCUUGUGACAAAUCAUCGGUAGUGCACCAGCAGUGAUCAGCAGGUAUAGUGUGAAUUGUGAUUGUUGAGAUGAAUUCAAUCAAGUAUAAAAUCAAGAGUUAAGUGUCAAAGAAUAAAUAGGAGUGCCUAAUAAUGUAACGAAUAUAUAUUGAAUGGAAUAUUAUAUAGAUCAUAGACAGCUUUUCACCGGUGAUGUAGUCUACUGCUUAUUCGCGAAUUGGUUUAUUGAGCUCUAGGCAGUGCCUAUCUUUGCAGAAAAUGGCCGCGAAUCGUAUACAUAAAAAAGCUCAACGCAAAUUAAAAUUUUUGCCAUGCUAUUUGUCAAAGGUUUUCUAAAAUUAUCUUCAAUUAAUUUUGUGUUAAUUCAUUUAUUUUGAGGAAUUUCAAUAAGAAGGCCUAUAUUGCAAAGUAUCCUCAUGUUUCCCGGUCAUCGACCGGAGGUUUAGGAAUAUCAAGAUGUGACUCGCGGAUGCGCCACCGACGACGUUAUUAUCAUUAAUAAUAACAAGUUUGACGAGUGUUUGAGAGCAAAAGAGACGUGAAAUUUUUCAAUAAAAAGCUAUGUGGAUCAGUGAAGUUUGUAAUUGCUUUUUUAUCAACGAUAAAAAAAGUUCUUCGAAGUGAUGUAAUUUUAGAAUGUCAAGAUCAAGGAGUUCCAAUGUUUACCUAUACCGAAUGAAAAGUUUUUGAUUUUUUUUUCACGAAAAAGAAAGCGGUAAAACGAUGGGAAAAAAUAUUGCGACGUUUGGCAGUACCGCUGGUACUUUAGCUCUUGUGCUAAUUUUCGUUAUUCACAUGUCAUCUAUCGCAACCGGAUUGAAAUGUUAUUGCGACAUUUGCACAGACACGAAUCAUACUUGUGAGACCGAUGGCUAUUGUUUUGCAAGUACGGGUCGUGAAAACGAUGUCAUCACACACGCCUACAGGUGUUACGAUAAAACAAGGUUCUUUCCGGCGCCAGAGUAUUCAGUUUGGUGUACCACUAACGGGACUUUUCGAGGCCUAGGAAAUGAAGAAUUUGUGAUUGCUUGUUGUAAUCACGCUAACUACUGCAAUCGUGAUCUUCAGCCUUCUUUUCCUCUCUACAUUAUGGCUAAUUCCACUCGAGGUGUAUAUAGAUUUGAUAGAGUAACGUCCGCUGCUGAUGGUAUGGCUGCGUGGGCUACCUGGAAAAUGGCAUUAACGAUAGCUCUUCCAAUUUGUGGAAUUUGCGUGAUCAUCUUAAUUAUUUAUCACAUUCACGUCAGUCGGCAAAGGCCUGCCAGGCAUUUUCCAGAUGAUUCUAUGGAAGCACCUGAUCGACCAAUACUUGGCGGUGUUACGAUCAGGGAUAUGCUGGAAAUGACGACCAGUGGAAGUGGUUCAGUAGGUUUGCCAUUAUUGGUUCAACGGAGCAUAGCCCGUCAAAUUCAGUUAGUUGAAACGAUAGGAAAGGGAAGAUUUGGUGAAGUUUGGCGAGGCCGAUGGCGUGGAGAAAAUGUUGCAGUAAAAAUUUUUAGUUCAAGAGAGGAGAGAUCGUGGUUUAGAGAAGCGGAAAUUUAUCAGACAGUGAUGCUCAGGCAUGACAAUAUUUUAGGAUUUAUUGCAGCAGAUAAUAAAGAUAAUGGAACUUGGACACAGCUGUGGCUGAUAACUGACUAUCAUGAAAAAGGCUCACUGUUUGAUUAUCUGAAUCGUUCUACAGUUGAUAUAAAAGGGAUGAUGAGAAUGGCUCUUUCGAUGGCCACAGGACUUGCUCAUCUCCACAUGGAGAUAGUUGGUACCCAAGGUAAACCGGCCAUCGCUCAUCGAGAUUUGAAGUCAAAGAAUAUUCUUGUCAAAACGAAUGGUACUUGUGCUAUUGGUGAUUUAGGUCUUGCUGUCAGGCAUGACGUUAUCACUGACACAGUAGACAUUCAAUUGAAUAACAGGGUUGGAACUAAACGUUAUAUGGCUCCUGAGGUUCUUGAAGAGACGAUAAACAUGAAUCACUUUGAUGCAUUUAAGAGAGCAGAUGUCUAUGCUCUUGGUUUAAUUUUAUGGGAAAUUGCAAGAAGAUGCAAUGUUGGAGGUAUACAUGAUGAAUACCAACUACCUUUUUAUGAUUUGGUGCCUUCAGAUCCAACUAUUGAAGAAAUGCGAAAAGUUGUUUGUGUUGAUCGUCAGAGGCCUUCAAUUCCAAAUAGAUGGCAGUCUAUUGAGGCGCUUCAAGUAAUGUCAAAAGUGAUGAAAGAAUGUUGGUAUCAUAAUGCUGCAGCAAGACUCACUGCUCUCAGGAUUAAAAAAUCACUUGCCAAUUAUGGUUCGAUGGCAGAUUUAAAGUAAGUACAACAUCGAUUAUUUCAAGUUGAAUAACUUGAACAACGAAAAAAUGAGACAACAGUUAUAUUUAGAAGAUGUAAACAGGAUUGUUAUAUGCAAGUUGAAAUGAUAUUUCUCUAUGAAUUACAAUUUUUAUAAAAUUACUCCUGUUUACUAAUCGGGUAAACUUGAGCUAUGGAAACGAUUUACCUGAUAAUACAAAAAAAAAAAACGAUUGGAUAUAUGAUUAAAAAUAUUUUACUUUAUGCAGUAAAAAUUUGGAAGUGGGUUUUUAAGAUUUUUUAAACGCUGGCAAGAAUUUUUUAAAAAUUUUCUAUACGAUUUUAAUUAAUCUUAACAUUUUUUAAGUUUUUUAUAUUGUGAUAGCGAUUUUAUAAACUCUCUUUUUAUUGGACUAGUAGCAGCUUUUAGUUGAUAUUUUUUUACAGAAAUAGAUGAAAAUAUUCUAGUUAAUUGUAUCAUAUAUGCAUUAACGAUUGGAUUAUAAAAGAAAAUCUAGCACUAUUAUCACCUCAGUGAAUGCCUCCGUAACAAAAUGCUGUGAGCCAAGUAUUGAUACAGUAAAUUAUUUUCGAAAAUUGAAGUAGUUGUGGGCUAAAACAAAAAUAAAAGAACAAAUGUAUAUAUAGCUACAGUGAAACUUGUUUUUGUAGCACUAGAAUAACAACUGAAUAUUUUUGCUCAAAUUAAAUCUUUACAAAAAAGCACGUAUGUGAGUUAUGCAAUUAUAAUUCGCAAUAAUAAUAAAUGAUAGCAAAAAGAAAAAACAGAUUUUUCAUGCUACGGAAAGGCUGAGGUACAAGGGUGCUAAUAAAUGAGUUAUCAUUAGGCUGUCAGGCUAUAAGCAAAUAUGAAAAUGAGUACAGAGUAAAUAAUGCUAAGUGAAGGAAGUAUAAAAUUGGACAAGUAACCAAAAUUACAAAGAUUCUAUUUUCGGGAAUUUUAUUUAUAGAUUCGUGAUAAUGAAAACAGAGAAAAAAAUAAAUAAAUUAAAAUUAAAAAAAACGAUAACAUUAUAGUAAACAUUAACUAUUGUUAGGAUUGAGAUAUGAUUAAAAAAAAAAAGGAAUGUGUGUGUUAUUCAAAUGUUGUAAUUUGAUUCUAAUGAAAAUAAGUAAAAACAAAAAAAUAAUAAUAAUAAAAAAAAUCAGCAAUUAUAAAUAAAUGUCAAAAAUAAUCACGCUGAACUAAUUUAUAAUUUGCAAAAGUGGUAUAGAUGAUAAAAGAGGAAUUUGAUUUAUCAAAAGUAUUAAGCGAUUGUUGAAAGAAUUAAUGAAAAACUGAGAGUUGAAUUAAGAUAGAUUCUAUAAUUAAACGAACAAAGAUAAAAUGAUUAAAAGUACACCUUAUUAACAAAUGAAAAAAAAAA